GUGAAGAACCAAAAAGCAAAAGAAAAGUCCUAACCUUUUCUUUUCACUAAGAAAAGGACAUGACCCUACUUCCAUUAUAUCUAUUUUUUUACUCUUUUUGUUUUUGCACUUUUUUUUUAUCAAACUUUGAUUAUGUCACUUUUAACCAUACACACACCAAUUUCCAUUAUUAUUCCUCUCAAAUAAUAUCUGACCUACAAAUAAUAUCUUCUCUUCCUUUCCUAUUUCUUAUCUAUCUUAUGUUCUGUUCUGUCUUAUAACUCUCAACUCAAAAAAAUAUCUUAUUUAGUAGCUACCAUAAGAAAGAGAGAGAAAUAUCUUCUAAAGUUCAGUUUUUUUCUUUGCUUUCAGGUUUUGCAUAACAAAAAUCUAUGCUUUUUCCUGAAAAAGCAAUACCCUUUUGCUUACAGAUCUUGUACUCUUUGUUUUCCUUGCCUUAAGCUGCCGAAUUCACAGUUUUGAGAAUCUACUAUCUUUGUCACACUAUUUGAAAGUUUCACAGUUACAGGAUUGAAAGAUCAGUUUAAAGAUGGGUUACAUAUGUGAUUUUUGUGGAGACCAAAGGUCGAUGGUGUACUGCCGUUCCGAUGCAGCAUGUUUAUGUUUGUCGUGUGAUCGAAAUGUUCAUUCAGCGAAUACGCUAGCUCGAAGACAUUCGAGGACACUUUUAUGUGAAAGAUGCAGUUCACAACCAGCUUUGGUUAGGUGUUCUGAAGAGAAAAUUUCACUUUGUCAGAAUUGUGAUUGGUUAGGUCAUGGUAAUAACUCUACAUCUUCCAAUCAUAAGAGACAAACAAUUAAUUGUUACUCCGGUUGUCCUUCGUCGUCCGAACUUUCUUCAAUAUGGUCUUUUGUGUUGGAUAUCCCUUCUUUGAGUGAAACUACAUGUGAGCAAGAAUUAGGUUUCAUGAGUAUUAAUGAGAAUAGGAGUGCUUGGGUCGAUCCGAAAAACCAGAAUGUGUCUGAUUCAGAUAAAGCUACUGAUUUACCUGAUUCGGAUAAGUCUUUCGUCGGUACAUCUUCAAAGCCAGAAUCAAGCAAAGAACCGCGUAUGCUUGACCGCUCAGAUGGACCUACCAAUGAAUGUGUGCCAAAGUUAUACUGUCCUGCUAAAAAUUGCCCUGAUGCAAGUGAAGAUGAUGAUGAUCUGUAUGGCGAUUUCGAUAUGGAUGAAAUGGAUAUAAAUAUUGAGAACUAUGAUGAACUUUUUGGUAUGGCCCUUACUCAUUCUGAAGAGCUUUUUGAAAACGGUGGAUUUAACAGCUUAUUUGGAGCAAAGGCCAUGUCUGCUGGAGAUUCCAAUUGUCAAGAUGCUAUUGCAGCUGAGGGUUCAUCAAUUGGACAUGUUAAUGCAGCACAACCAGCAUGCAGCACUGCAGCAUCUGCAGAUUCUAUAUUGAGUACUAAAACUGAACCGAAUCUUUGUAUUACGGCAAAACCAUCCCAAUCAAGCCUUUCUUUUUCUGGUAUUAAUGAAGACGGUGGUGGUGGAGACUAUCAAGAUUGUGGAGCUUCUUCAAUGCUUCUCAUGGGAGAACCUCCUUGGUUAAACACUUGUCCUGAAAAUGAGCUACAACUACAAUCUGCUAAUCGCUGUAGUGCUGUUAUGCGAUACAAGGAAAAGAAGAAGACUCGCAAGUUCGACAAAAGAGUGAGGUAUGCCUCUCGCAAGGAAAGAGCUGACGUCCGAAGACGCGUGAAAGGCCGGUUUGUCAAAGCUGGCGAGGCCUACGAUUAUGACCCUUUGAGCCAAACCAGAAGCUAUUGAGUGGAUCUAGCUUUCUUCUCGGACGAUCAAGAGUCAAAGAAGGCUGUGUUCAACAGUAUAAACUCAGAAGCUGAUUCUCUUUCCUUCACUACCAAGUAUAUCGAAACUUGGCAAUUUUUUCUUCUUAAUUCUUCCGAAAGAAUUGAGAAGUGUUCCAUCCAGAUUCUCUGUCCUUAACCAAUGCACCAUGUUUGUCAUGUCCUAUGUUAUAGUCGCGUCUCGAAGUGCCUGAGAAGGCAUGAUGAUGAGUUUGUUAAUUUGACGGUUGGCGAUAAACUGCAAUAGUUGUAUAUUGUAAUAUGUGGCCUCUCUACUCUGAGAUGUAUAGCACACAAUCUACAUGUAUGCAAUUAGAUGUAUAAAUGGAUCUGACUUAAGACAAACUGUAAAGGAUAUAUUCAAAUGGUGUUAGUACUAUGUAUAGAAUAGGAUAUCAUGUAUGCUGCUGGAAAUCUACCAAUACAAGUUUUGUUUGUGACCGGAA